GCGAAGUGCGGCAAGCAGCACACCGAGGUGCUCGAGGCCCUCGCGCGCUCGGGCGAGCAGCUGGCCCGGGGCGUCAGCGACGAGGCGCAGAAGCGGGAGCUGGAGGCCACCGUCCUGCGCACGCGCAUCGACGCGCUCCACGGCCAGGUGGGGGAGCUGCGCAGCGUCGGUGCCGCCGGGGGCGCGUCCGCGGCCGCGGCGGCGGCAUCGGCAAAGGAGACGGACGCCCUCCGCAGCCUGGUGGAGACCACCCGGGGAGACCUCUCACGGCUGGAGCGGUCUGCCGCGGAG